UGUAAUGGCUGAUGGGCCCUGAUGUAACUGAUUGCAAGACUGAAACCAGGGAAAAUGUGGAGCUGAAGGUCUGGGUGUCAUUUUUGCAAUGAUUUUUUUUUUUCUUUGACAAAUUUGCAAGACGGAAAAGCUGAAGCAUUUUUUUCUGUCUCUUGAAUGUGGGCUAUGAAAAGACAUCUUGCUGUACUUCCAGACAUGGUUAAUCGACUAAUUUUGACUGCAGACUCCUCAUAAAAGCAGAUUGAUGAGAUGCUUAUAGAGCAGAUGAAUUUCUCCCUUAAGUAAAUAUGUACUUUCCGAUUUCCUAGCACGGUUAUAAAGAUCCAGUUCACAUCUUUAUACCAUAAAGAGGAAGUAAAAGAGGAAGCCUCAACACAUCCCCUUCGGCCGCUUUACCCUCAGAUUUCACCUCUGAAGAUUCACAUCCCGGAGCCGGAUCUCCGGAGCAUGGUCAGUCCCCUCCCAUCCCCCACAGGCACUAUCAGUGUUCCCAACUCUUGCCCAGCCAGUCCACGUGGUGCUGGAUCCUCAGGAUAUCGUUUUGUUCACAACAUUACCUCGGAUCUGCAGCUGGCAGCAGAGUAUGCGGCAAAGGCAGCAUCAGAGCAGCAGGCAGAUGCAUCUGGCGGGGACAGCCCAAAGGAUGAAUCCAAGCCACCCUAUUCUUAUGCUCAGCUAAUUGUGCAGGCUAUAUCUUCAGCACAGGACAGGCAAUUAACACUAAGUGGGAUCUAUGCCCACAUUACCAAGCAUUAUCCGUAUUACAGGACUGCUGACAAAGGCUGGCAGAAUUCCAUUCGGCACAACCUCUCCUUGAACCGUUACUUUAUUAAAGUCCCACGCUCCCAAGAAGAGCCUGGAAAGGGCUCCUUUUGGCGAAUUGACCCUGCCUCUGAAGCCAAACUUGUAGAACAAGCAUUUAGAAAAAGAAGGCAAAGAGGAGUGUCCUGCUUCCGAACACCUUUUGGGCCUCUCUCCUCCAGGAGUGCUCCUGCCUCCCCUACUCACCCUGGCCUGCUGUCCCCUCACUCUAGUGGCCUACAGACUCCAGAGUGCCUGUCACGGGAGGGCUCACCCAUUCCACAUGAUCACGACUUUGGGUCAAAGUUAGCCUCAGUUCCAGAGUAUCGGUAUUCCCAGAGUGCACCCGGAUCUCCAGUGAGUGCCCAGCCAGUGAUUAUGGCUGUUCCUCCCCGACCAUCCACCCUGGUGGCCAAACCAGUGGCCUACAUGCCAGCAUCCAUAGUGACUUCUCAGCAGCCUUCGUGCCACGCAAUCCAUGUCGUUCAGCAAGCUCCCACAGUUACCAUGGUCCGAGUGGUGACCUCCUCUGCAAACUCUGCAAAUGGAUACAUCCUCACAAACCAGGGCACAGCAGGAGGAGCUCAUGAAGCUGCAGGAGCAGUGUUGGACUUAGCUGCUGACCACCGAGGCAUGGACGAGAAGCCAACGAUCGCAUUUGCCACGAUCCCCACAGCCAGCCGUGUUAUCCAGACCGUGGCCAGUCAGAUGGCCCAGGGUGUCCCUGGGCAGACUGUCACCAUCCUGCAGCAGGCAGCUCCGGUGGCCCUGGGCCAGCACCAGCUCCCGGUGCGGGCGGUCACCCAGAACGGCAAACACGCUGUGCCCACCAACAGCAUCGCCGGCAGCACCUACGCUCUUACAAAUCCACUGCAGCUCCUUGCAGCCCAGGCCAGCUCGUCCACUCCUGUUGUAGUCAGCCGGGUCUGCGAGCCAGGGACCGAAGAGACGGCAGCAGCCUCCUCCAGUGAGCCUGAAGUGAAAAGACCACGGAUAGAAGAGCCCAGUGGAGCAGUGCCAGCCCAGACUGGAGUCAUCACAUCCACAGUGCCACAAGGACAGGCAACCAGUGAAUGAAGAACCGGUGGGAGGAGCUGGAGUGAUGGCGGGGUGGGCAUGGGAUGGCAGGAGCCCUAAAGCAGCUUUCACAGGAAACCAACCACAACUGUAACAGCUCAAAACACAGCUGAUAAAGAGCUCUUUUUAAAGGCAGAUUUUUCAGUGGGAGGGCAACAGCUGUUAGAAUCACAAGGUGCCAAAAAGAAUGGAAAAAUCCCUCCCAAGAACCCAUAUCUGGAACUCUGUUCUGUCUCUACUUACGGGAUAUUUUUUUCCUUUUUCUCUUUUUUUUUUUUUUUUUUUUUUUUUUUUUUUUUUUUUUUUUUUUUUUUUAAGAUUCAGAAAAAUACAGACAACUGAUUGUAUGACUGCUGGGAUAUUUUUAACUGUCUUUUCCCCUUUUGGCUCUGAGGGGAUGGAAUUUGCAGUUCAGAACCUAAAGGAAUGUAAUACAAAUACAGUCUGCUCCCUGGAAAGAAAACUCCUCACGUUCUAUGCCUUAAUACCACACUUCUGAGAGCUUUCAACCAUAGGACCAUUUUAAAAAGGUCACCUAAGGCAAUCAAAUGCUGAAAGAUGGGUGCACUAUCUCACAACAACAUUAAAGAAACAUGGUACCAAGCUUAAAAAAAAAAGGCAAAUUAUUCUGUUUUUUUAAAACAGAAAAUUCUGAAUAUAAAUGUUUAUUUAUAUGGGGAUUCAGGAGGAAGAGUUACAGGGCUCAGCCACCUGGAUUUCCAGAUGCAAUUUCUCUCCGUUCCCUCUGAGGGAGAAUAAAUAGGAUGCCAGAGGAACUGUAUUAACUUGGUUCCUGUAAAGAUGUUAAAAACAAAGGGGUUUGUAUCUUUACAAAUAAUUUCUUACAAUUAUUCAUCACUUUCUCUGGACAACAGCCGAAGUAUUGUGAUGCCUGGGGAUCACAUGGGGAAGGGUGUCUCCAGGAGGUUCUGUGUGCAUUUGAUUGAUCACAGCUUGUGUGGAGCACCAGCUUUUGCUCAAAUUAGCACUAUAGUGAAGGCAUGGCCACUGUCUUUGUGAACUUGAGAAAGUAUUGGUGAUGUUCUGCACUAAAGCAGUCUCUCCUGCCUUGAGGACCAUUGGGGUUGGCCAGUAGGAGGAGGCCUUUACUCAAACUGUAUUCCAGGUUCCUCACGUAGUACAAGGGUGUCUUUUGAGGAAGGCAGAUUUGACUCACUUCAGCCAAUGUGCAGCACUGGGUGCUUGUGACACCUUAAGACUGGCAAAGAAAUCCACCCCUGCCUGUAGCCUCCAGCAAACCCCUUUGGCCUUACACCCUUUGCAGUCCCCUUGGCUAACAUGUCUUCUGGCAGCACAGCAGAGAUUUUUUUAAUUUAGCAAAUGUUACAGCUUUGGUAAUGGCAACGGAGAGUUGGGAGGGGUGGGCUGUGCCUCUGGUGGGUCAUCCCCCAUCUGUCCUGUGCAGUCUGACAAGGCAGAGAGGCAAAACCCACUGCAGAAACAUUGCAGAAUGCCUUCUCCAAUGUGCAGUAAAUGAUACUGUCAGCAUAUCCAUGGGGAUUAGGGGUAAGGCAGAGCCCUUCAGUGCCUGCUGGAAUCUGGAGAGGAAAUCCACAAGGUAACAGCUGGCAUCACUUGUUCCCUUCUAGGUUUCCUUUGUCUUUGCCAAAUCCUAUUCAAUAACCAAGUCCCACCACUUGAAUAAAACCCAGACAUGUUUAAUUCUCAAGUCCAUUGUUUUGUGAGAAAUAUUGCUGAAAGAAGGAAAGAAUUUCUUGGUCUCAUGAUUUGCGGUUACUUCUGCGGAGAGAGACACAUAAAAUAUUCAUGACAGAUCAUUUAUCUCAGCUGGGCUUUCAGGAUUCAGGUGUGUGCCCUUAGUGACAAGUUAUUAGAUGGGAUUUUAGUGCUUUGAAAUGGUUUUGUGAAGGAGGAUUGUUAGAGACCACAAAGUAAUUGAAGCAGGCUGGCCUCCAGCUGUCCCUUCUCCCGCUAGGAAGGCAAGGUGUGGCGCAGCAGAAAAGCACACGGAUUAGCUCUGUUUUCUGUAGCCUUUUCACAGCCAGGAGCCAAUAAAAUGAACUUCAAGGCAGAAGGCACAAGUGAGAGUGCAGCACAGUCUGUCUGUGGUGAAUCAUUACUUUGGGGUGACUGCUGGUUUAGAUACAGGCACGCCUCUGAAAUGGCCCCGAGGCUUGGGAGCACUCCGGAAGAGCAAGAGUCCUUGGGUUUCCAGAAUGUUGGGUGAGUCAGAGCAAGAUGAAAAACCAACAGAAAACUGUUCAGGAUGUGGAGCUGCCAAGAUUCUGUGGAUUUUUAUUCGCUGAUGCUUUUCUCUUGAAGAGUCUAAAUAAUUAAGCCCUGACCUCCUGUAAACUAAUCCAGCACCAAAGAUACCAGCUAAGUGACAGUGUUUUCAUCCACCAUAGAGCUGCUGCUUUAUAGAUACCUCUAGAAGCUCUGUCCUCAGGUUGCAUGGGUAGAUCUGCCUCCUGAGUAUUUAGAACAGAGUAACACUUUCUUCUUUUCGUGGCUCACAAUGCCUGCUGAUUCAAAUGGGAGUUGAGGAUAAGCAAAUAUCUUUGUUCUGGUCCCCUUUUCUGCUUAAGAUGUCUGGAACUUGUCAGUUCAUCCUGUCAGGAGGUUUUUGCUUUAUCAGUCUGCUGCAUCCCUGUAGGAAGCAGUCCUGCCACUUGCAGAUUUUUUUUGUAGGUUUGCCUAAACAUUGCCUGGUACCAGGUAAAAUAACUGUUCUUGCUAAAUCGUGUUGAGAGCUGUGGAAAAGUGUGGUCCUCAUCCAUUUUACAUCUUGUUUCAGGCCUCCAGAUGAAUUCUGUCAACGCUGCUCAGUCUGGAAGGUAGCACCGUUCUUUUUACAUACCAGUCCUGAUUCUCCAGACUGCAGAGGCAUGAAAAUCAAUGUAGUGGUAGAAUUAAGUCUUCAGCUAGAAAGAAAAUGUUUACCCUAAUGUUUAUAAGCAGUACUUGGAUUAUUUUAAAUUGAUAAUCUGACUUGUUUUUAUUGUCUAAAAAGUUGCAUCUCCUCUUUGAUGAUGUUAACUAAAAAAGGUUUGAGGGGAAGUGAAGGUGGAGGCUUCACUGGAUUUUCUGCUGUCUGUGUAAUGAAGGUCAAGGCAUAUUGAAUAUUUAAACUGCCAUAACUUAGACCU